AUGGUUUCUUCUCUCGGAUCCCCAGUACAAACGGUGGUCUAUGGGCUUGUAUUUAAAGAUUUGAGUAAAUUGCUUGGGAGAACUUAUGAUUUUGGGCAAUUUGUAAGCAAGGUCAGAUUCAACUGUGGAUUGAUUAUGAUAGUCGGUGGAGUGAGAUCUAUAUUCACUUGGUUGGGCUUCGUUGUUUGGAUGCAAUUUGGUGAGCGACAACAAAUAAGAGCAAGAAAACAAUUAUUCGAUCUGUUUUUCAAAAGAAAGAUUGAAUGGUAUGAUACCAAGAUUAGUCUCAUGGGGGAAAUUGCUCAAGUCAAUAGAUGUAUUGAAGAAUUAAGAUCUGGAAAUGCUGAAGUUCUUGGGAUUUUGGCUCAAACUUGUUGCUCAAUAAUUUUUUUACUUAUAACUUCUAUGUAUCAUUCUUGGUCCUUGACUUUUGUUUUCAUUGCUUCGUCUCCUUUAAUGGCUUUGAGUACCUGGUAUUUUGGGCGGUUAACUUAUCGCUAUGCUGAUUUAGAAAAUAACAUCACUUCAAAAGGUUCGAAACUUUUGGACUGGAAUUUCAUGAGCGGUGAUAUAGUAAGGUUAUUCAAUGGUAAAAUCUCCGAAAUUUUCAAAUUUAAUGAAAUUGUCGACGACUCAGCUACUGCUUUCUACAAAAUGACAAAUGCUCUAUCGGUUAAUGUGGGUAUUCUAAGAGCAUUGUCGUUUAUUGCUGUUGUUCAGGGUUUUUGGUUUGGUAAUUAUAUGAUCAGAAUCGGGAAAUUAGAAAUUAGUCAAGUAUUCACUUCUUUUGCAACUUGUGUUUUACUAGGCUCAAAUAUCGGUUCUUUAGCUGACUUAGUGGCAACUUUGAAUAAAGCAAAAGCUGCCGCCGUCACAAUAGCAAAUUUUUCGCUAGAGUCUGAAAAUUCAAAUGAAUACGGUGAAUCUCCUAAUGCUACUCAUGGACAUAUUGAAUUUAGAGAUAUUGGUUUCAAAUAUCCAAAUAGAAAUGAAAGGGCACUUGGAAACUUCAACUUGAAUAUUGAGGCUGGCACUUUAAACUUUAUCAUUGGGAAAUCAGGUUCUGGUAAAUCAACUCUAUCCCAAUUAUUCUUGAAAUUUUACCACCCAGAUAAUGGGAAAAUACUACUUGAUGGUAAAAAUAUUGAAGAAAUCAGCUCAGAUUGGCUUUUUGAAAAUACAACGCUAAUCCAACUGGACUCGAUAAUCUUCGAUACCACUUUAAAAGAAAAUGUAUCUUUGGCAGUUGUCCAAAGGUUUCUUUCAAUUGAUGAUACUCCAGAAUUAAUGAUCGAAGAUGCUUGUGAGUUUGCUUUGUUAUCUCAUCUUAUCUCUGAACUUCCAAAAGGUUACAAUAAUAAAGUAUCAUCAUCAAGCUUAUCUGGUGGGCAAAAGCAAAAGAUUGCAUUGGCUAGAGCGAAAAUUCGUGAUACCCCGAUUUUAAUUUUAGAUGAAGCAGUUUCAGCAGUUGAUAUUAAAGACAAAGAGCUUUUGUUAAAAUCAAUAAAACAAUGGAGACGUGGUAGAACUACCAUCAUUAUCACUCAUGAAACAAAUUAUAUUGGUGAUGGUGAUAAUGUCAUUUUGAUGGAAAAUGGUCAAGUUAAGGCUGAAGGAACUUACAAUGACUUGAAAAAAGAAAAUAUAAUCGCUAAAGCUAAUUUUGACCUUGAAAGAAAAACUUUUGAUGCUAUGGAGGAAGAUAAAGAGAAUAACAAAGGCGGUCCAAGUCGGUUCUCCUUGUAUGAACAAUUGAGAAAUCCCGUUAUAUUGCAAGAUCUUGAAAAACAAGUUUCAGGUGUUGAAUUGGAUGAGAGACCUGAAGAUUUAAUGACAGUACUUUCCAUCUUGAAUUAUUGUCGUAAAACAAUUGAUGCAAAAAUUUGGAUAACCGUUGGUAUUUUCAGUUCAAUCAUAAGUGCUGUGGUAACUCCAGUAUUCUCCUAUUGUUUGUCUAAACUUUUACUGAAUAUGGUUAAUUCAUCUAUAGAUUCGAAUAAAAAGUAUGUUAGCGCUGAUUUAAUACUUUGGUCUUCUAUAAUCAUUGGUCUUUCUUUGUUUGAUGGCUUUGUCAGUUAUAUUUCUCUGUUUCUUUUAAAUUACUCUGGGGAAAGAUGGAUUGUCAAUUUAAGGAAGUUGGUCUUCAAUAAAAUAAGUGAUCAAAGUAUGGCAUUCUUCGAUACUGAAACAACUAAGCCUGCUGAAUUAACUGCUUUAUUGAUGAACGAUACAAGGGAUUUACGUAAUUUGGUUUCGGAAUUUUUGAAGGUGAGUAUUGUUUUGAUAAUCAUGUUAUUAACAGGUAUCAUAUGGUCGAUUCUUUCUGGUUGGAAGCUCUCUUUGGUGGGAAUUUCUUUUGUUCCUUUAAUUUUAUUAGUUACCGGUGUUUAUAAUAGGCUUUUGGAAGUUUUUGAAAACAAGUAUAAAAAUAGUAUUGCAGAAUUAGAAAAUUCUUGCCAUGAGACCGCUAGUGGUUUGAAAACAAUUUUCUCUUUAAAUUUGAAAGAUCAUUUCUCUUCUGUAUUCGAACUGAAGUUAUUUAACAUCGAAAGAGUCGCUUUUCGAAGAUCAUUGAGUACUAGCUCUGGACUUGCUUUGCAAGAAUUAUGUACUUCCGUUGCAACUGCAACAAUUCUUUAUUAUGGUAUGUUUUUGGUUGCAAAUUCCGAUUAUUCCCAAACCCAAUUGCUCGAAGUCACUACUAUUUUAAGUAUGACUUUAACUCAUGCUGGCUCUUUAUUAAAACAAAUCCCUGAAAUAGCUAGAGGCCAAAGAGUUGGGACCUACCUCAUCAAAAUAUUAGGACUACCCUCAUCACCUUGCGAGGUAGAGGGAAAUUUAAAAUUGCACAAGUUGUAUAACUCAAAAGAUUUAAUACGAUUUAAUGAUCUUUCAUUUCAUCAUCCAAACCGAAUAAGCUCUACUUUGCUGAACGUAUGCUUUAAAGUUGCUAAGGGGGAAACAAUUUCGAUUGUUGGACAAUCUGGCCUGGGAAAAUCAACAAUUGUUUCUUUACUUACAAGGCUUUUUGACAUUGACAGUAACCAGAUUUACCUCUCCAAUUAUGAUAUUAAAAACAUAGAAGUGGAAAGGUUAAGAGAGUUGAUAGCUAUCGUUCCACAGACUCCAAAAUUUUUCGAAGGUACCAUCUAUGAAAAUUUGACUUAUGGUUUAGGUAGAGGAGUUAACCAAGAGAAAGUUCUUGAUGCUUUAAUCAGGUCAAAUAGUUACGAGUUUAUCAGUAGCUUACCCUUAGGUUUAGACACAAUAAUAGGCGGUGGGUUGAAUUCUCUUCUUUCUACAGGCCAAUUACAGCGCCUAUCGAUUACCAGAGCUUUAUUAAGAAGUCCACAAAUCUUGAUUCUAGAUGAGUGUACUGCUAACCUUGAUCUUGAAAAUACUGCUGUAAUUUUCAAAUUAGUACAUGAAUUGGCACAAACAAAUUUAACUAUAAUUAUAAUAACUCAUGAAGUGGAAAUGAUGCAAUUGGCUGAUAAAUUGGUAGUUUUAAAAAAUGGUAGAGUAUCGGAAAUUGGUUCUUUUGAUACAUUGUAUGGCAAGCGAGGAGAAUUGUUCUCAAUUGUUACCGAUGUUGCUUGA